UCCUACAUGUUUACCUGAUUUUUGUCAUGGACAGCUAUGUUCCUCCCACUCUGAGAGAUGGUGAGAGUUACCACGUCUUCAUCAGCUACAGCAGCACUGACUACCAGUGGACCCACUACCUCAUUGAACAGCUGGAGUCCUACGGCCUGCAGGUCUGCUACCACGAGCGUGACUUCACUCCAGGACGCAGCGUGUUGGAGAACAUGUCCGACUGCAUCCAGGAGAGCCAGAAGGUCCUGCUGGUCCUCAGUCCAGAGUUUGUGAGGAGCCGCUGGUGUCUCCUGGAGGCCAACAUGUCUCUGUUCAGGGACUGUCUGGAGAGGAAGCCCAUCGUCCCGGUGCUGCUGGGGCCUGGAGUCUCUGUUCCUCUCCACCUCUGCCACCUCACCUAUGUGGAGGCCAACAACCCGGACUUCAAGAACAAGCUGCUCAAGGUGCUCUGCACCCCCAACCAGCAACUCCAAAGCUCCACUGUGGUCCCCUUCCAGCCUCCCUCCAUCUACAACGGGAAGGUUCUGCAGCCUUUGACUGCUGUUAAUGACGAGGAACUCUACAAAUGGGACUCUGGUCAGUUCAGUGAAUUGGAGGUGCCAGACCAACUACGUCUGAUCAUUGAGGACCACGACAAGUACAGAGAGGCUGUGAGGAUCAUCAACAGAGUCUCUGAAGACAAAGUUUGGCUCCGCCCACUCUGGAUUAGAGUCAUCAUUUACAUCGCUGGUGUAGCAUUUUUCAUCCUCUUAGUAGCAUUUUAUUGGUAUGUGAUGGAAAUAUCUCCAGUGUUUAUGUUUUACUUUGAAUAUGUCUAUAUUGUUUGGAUUUUUAUGGUUUUAAGUCUUUCUUGUGUUUUACUGGGGUUUAUUAUUCAGCUUGGACUCUGGAAGAUGGAUGAUGAGAAAUAUAUUCUGAGCGAGCUGCAUAAAGCUGUAGGAAAAGCAAACCUGUUGCUCCAUGAGGACAAGGUGUUGAUGGGAUGUAGGUCCAACUCAAAAAUCUAUCUGGUGUAUGUUUCUUUGAUUUGUUGCAAACAAGAGAUUGCAGACACAUUUCCUGAAAAAGCAGAAGAGAUGUUUCAGAGAGCUCUGAUGUUCUUCUCAUCAGGUUUCACCUGCAGCCUCGCUAAAAGACACUCCCCCUUUCCUCAGCCCAGCUCCUCUGGUCACCUGGAGGGAGGGCUCUGUUUCUGUCAGUAUGUCUCCCAGCAGCUGAGGAAGGACAAAUGGGAAUAAUACUUCCUGUGUGGACCAGCAAUUGCUGAGUCAGUGCUAGUGGCAUUUAAAGAGUAAUAAUUCAAUUCGAAAGCAAUCAUUGUGACAUAUGUAAAGGCAUCAUCAGCAAUCGAUUUUUCUGUUUAUCUUUCAUUAUUUUUAACGCAUCAGUUGAGGUUACUCUUAUAGGUCAUUGAUCUAAAUGAACUCAGUAUUUCAUUUUUUAAAAACAAGAGUGAU